ACACCCUAACUAGUGCUUGAACCCGCGGACCAAAAAGAGAGAAGGAGAUGGAUUUUCUUUCAAAACUCAAGCAAGGAACUAACAUGAUUUUCCCAUAGAAUUUUUCAGCAAAAGAAAGAGACAUGUUUUCAUAAACUUUUUCCUCAACAAAAGUUUAUAAAAAGAGUAGUGAGAUGAAGAGAGGUUGCCCAACAAGUGAAGAAAAUGGAUUGGAACUUACCCUUGUUGCUUGAGCAAUAAGGAAAAGAAGAGCUUGAGCAAUAAGGGAACUUACCCUUGAUGCUUGAGUCGUGGUCAUAAAGAUGUCAUCUGUGAGGUUAAUUGCGCUGAGCUUAUGAAGAUGAAGAAAGCAGAAAAUUCAUGAUAGUACUUAUGGAGAUCUGGGUUUGGCUCGGCAAGGAGUGGACGGCGGCGCUGAACUGUAUUCGAAGAGAUUGCAAUGCUGUUGCAAACUAUCUUACUAGAUUGGAGUUUAGUUUCUGUUUGACGGUGGUGGUGACGGUGGUGGACACUGAAUUGCACGGUUCCGAUCAAUGGACGCCGUCGUGAACGCGGCGGUGGAAGAGAUAUGCGCGCAGGUUGAAGAAGGACUCACCGUCUCAGCCCUAUGGACCAAGCUCGAAGCCUCACCCUCUCUUCCUCUCUCCCCCUUCGACCUCCCUCUCUCCCCUUCCGUCAAGCGAGCCAUAUGGACCAACCUCCUCCGCGUCCCCACGCUCCGUUUCGAGCCCCAACCCUCCUCCACCGAACUCGAAGAAGCCGAGAAUCUCAAUCUCACGAUCUUCGCCGCACAAACCCUCGUCGACAGCUUCGUCGGCCUCUACGGCGCACAAACCCUACAACAGGCUCAAACCCGCGUCCUUCAACUCCUCGCGAAAGCCAGAGCCAGCGGCGUCACGCAGAGUCGCCUCUCGAAGCUCUUGCGCAUUGAUGGCAACAGUUUCCAUUACGUUCUGAGGACUCUUGAGUGCCAGGGCUUGAUUCUCAAGCGCACUGCGCUUGAGAAGAAGAAACCAACCUCCUCGUUUUCUGGCAUUGCAACUACUAAUUUGGUGUUCUUGCGUCGCUAUGCCGCGAAAGUUACCUCUCAUCAGAGGUUUGAACUUGACCACUUGGAGGAGGAAGAGGAGGAAGAAGAGGAAGGAUCCGCGACGCCAAAAGACAUGCUUCUUAAGGAUUACGCGCCUCAGAUGAAUGCUAUUCGCGAGAAGCUAGCAAUAGCGAAUGGCAAGGUUCUUCUUGUGUCUGAUAUUAAGAAGGAUCUUGGUUAUACCGGAUCGGCCAAGAGACACAAAGCUUGGAGACAAAUUUCUCACAGGUUGAAAGUGAAUGGUAUUGUGGAGCAGUUUGAUGCUAAGGUGAAUGGCAAGAUUGAGGCUUGCCUACGGCUUAUUGACCCAAUAACUACUGGAUCUGGAAAUGAUGACAAAAAUUCAAAUUCUGGUAAAACAUGUCAAGUCAUUGGUCAGUUUGUGGAGCUUCCCGUUGAGCACCAAAUUUUUGAUAUUAUUGAUGCUGCUGGAUCAGAUGGCAUUACUUUGAAGGAGAUCUGCGAGAGGCUAGGGAUUGAACUAAAAAAGAGCCACCUUCGACUCGUAAAUAUGUGCCAUAGAUUUGGAAUGAAAGUGCAGGAAGAACACUGCCUGAAAACGAAGACAAUUCGUGUUUGGACAUCUAAAAAUUUCAACCCUGAACCAGAAGUUGCACUCAUUCGCAAGCUUGAUGAAAAUAAAAUAAUAGACCAACAUGUCCCAGAAAGUUCUUUAAAAUUAUUAUCUGAGUUUGAUGCUUCAGCUUUCAAUGGAGAACUUGUUGACCUUGCCAAAUCAAAAGAUAUAGGUACUGGUGCAAAACCAUCUUGUGUAUCUCCAAAAAAUUCAGAGUCUAACUAUGUUGAAACACCAACUGAGUUGCAAGAGUUGCCACUUGAGCAUAGGGGUGCUGUUUCUAACAGCAAAUCGGUCAGUUUAUCAACAGAAGCAGAGGUUGGGACAUCAGGAGCUUUUCCAUCUGAUGUAUUGAAGCCAUUUUCUACUGGAUCAUCUCAACAAUGUGCAAGUUUAUAUUUCACUUUGGAUAACACUAGAAGGGCAAAUAGGAUACUAGAAAGACUGAAGGAUGAAAGGUUUAUUUUGAGAUCAGAGAUAACUAGGUGGCUUAGUAGCUUUGAGAAAAGUAAGACUACAAAAUUGGACCGCAAGACUAUAGACCGAAUAUUGGCUAAACUUCAGGAACAAGGGCUGUGCAAAUGCAUAACAGUACAUUCCCCUGUUCUUACUGAAUACUCAAGGACAAAAGAUUCUACGGUGGUUGUGCAUCCAUCCGUAAGUCUAUCUCCUGAGUUAUUUGAUGAUAUUCAAGAUAAAGUGAGAUCAUUUAAUAAUUUUAUCCGCAGCAAAAGUACUUCUCAUCAGAAAAAUGAUGAAUUGAUACCUGUAAUGGAAGGCAUUCAGAAAUCUCAAAGCCUUCUAAUUCCUGGUCAGCGGGCUGGAAAAGCAGAAAGCAUUUUUGCUAAUGGCUUUAUAUUAGCCAAAAUGAUCCGUGCAAAGCUUCUGCACAGUUUUCUUUGGGAUUAUCUGCAUAGCUCAGCAAGCCAUGAUGAUGCUUUAUCAUCGAAAAUUUGUGUCAAUCAGUUAACUAAUAAUCCUCACAGUAGCAGCAAACCAUUUUCUCUAGAAUCAGCUAUUAAAGCAAUUCCAGUUGAACUAUUCUCGCAAGUUGUUGGAUGCACUAACAAAUACGAAGAAAUAGUUGAAAAGUGCAAGCUGGGCUUACGUCUAUCUGACCUUCCUCUUGAGGAGUACAAGCGUUUAAUGGAUACUUGUGCAACUGGAAGGCUGUCAUUAGUUAUUGACAUUUUAAGGCGGUUGAAGCUGAUUCGGAUGGUAACUGAUUUGCAAUCUAGAGAUGGAGUUAAAUCCCCAGAUACGUUCACACACGUGAUGGAACUUAGGCCUUACAUCGAGGAACCCCUUUCAAAUGCUGCAUCAUCUUUAAAUUUUAUGUCUCUUGAUCUUCGACCAAGAAUCAGGCAUGAUUUUAUUCUGUCCAAUAGAGAUGCAGUUAAGAAAUAUUGGCAGACAUUAGAGUACUGCUAUGCUGCUGCUAAUAAGAAAUCUGCUUCAUAUGCAUUUCCUGGAUCUGUGGUCCCUGAGGUUUUCCGCACCCGUUCAUGGGCAUCUACUCGUCUCAUGACAGCUGAACAACGUGCUGAGCUUUUGAAGCGUCUAACAAAGGAUGAUCUUGGUGAAAAGAUUUCAUAUAGGGACUGUGAGAAGAUCGCAAAGGAGCUAAAUCUUACCUUGGAGCAGGUACUAAGCAUGUAUUAUAGCAAGCGUCACCAUUACCCAAAUCAAUUCAAUGAUGAAGAGAAUGAGAAUAAUUCACUUGAGCGCGAAGGUAGUUCAUCUCGUCGCAGGAAAGAAAUAUCUACUGAGUGCAGGCCAACAAAGUAUGCAAGAAUUGAUGCAGCAACUGACAUUGUGGGCAUGCCUAUGGAAGAACAAUAUAAUUUGGGAAUCCAUUCAGGAAAGCAUGCUACUCAAAGGCAAGAGUUUGAGGAGGAUAAUAAUGAAGUUGAGGGUUCUCAAGACUGUUAUCCCCGUAUUAGCCAGUGUCUCUUAACCAAAAUGAAGCCAACACGCCAAAGGAGAUUUGUCUGGUCAGACGACACUGAUAGGCAGAUGGUGAUCCAAUAUGUGAGACACCGUGCUGCUCUUGGUGUCAAAUAUCAUCGCAUAGAAUGGGCCUCGCUUUCUGAUCUUCCAGCUCCUCCAAGAACUUGUAGGAGAAGAAUGAAUUUGCUGAAUGGCAACUUAAGAUUUAGGAAAGCUGUGAAUAAACUCUGUAACAUGCUCAGUGAGCGAUAUGCAAAGCAGCUGGAGAAGUCUCAGAACUUGUCAUUGAAUAAAGAUGAUUGCAGACAAUUUGUGCGACCCCAGUCAAGUAAAGGUGUACAAAAUAUUUUAAGUCCUGCUGUUGAAAUUCAAACGACAAGUCUAAAUGGAGAAGCUUGGGAUGACUUUGAGAACAAAAGUAUCAAGACAGCCCUUGAUGAGAUUUUUCGCUGCAAGAUGAUGGCUAAGUUGGAAGCCUCCUCCCAAAAAGUUCAAUCACAAUAUGAAGAGUGGUCAGAUGUGAAUGAAAAUGAUGGAUAUGAAUCUCAAGAAAAGGAAAUCACAUCAGCUAUUCCUGGCGAGAUUGCUAAGAGCCCUCAUGGGAAACCCCAUACAAUUUCUGCUCAAAAAUCACAUCGUCGUCGGCCUGAUAAGAAAUUUACUAGGUCUCUGAAUAACAAGGCUAUUGUUUUUGAAAAAGUAUACAAAUCAUUGGCCGUUUCAAAUGCGGUGGAGCUAUUUAAGCUUGUUUUUCUGAGCACCUCAACAGGUCCACAGGCACCAAAUUUACUAGCAGACAUUCUACGGCAUUACUCAGAGCAUGAUCUAUGUGCUGCUUUUAACUACCUCAGAGAGAAAAAAACAAUGGUUGAGGGCAACGGCAGUGAACGUUUUGAACUGUCACUACAGUUCUUGCACAGUGUUUCCAAGUCACCUUUUCCAUUAAAUACUGGAAAGCGAGCUGUUAAAUUUUCUGCACGGCUGCAGGAAAGAGACAAAGAUCUCAUUGAAAUGGGGACUAAUCUUGCUGAAGAUCUACAGUGUGGGGACAUUUUUCAUUUGUUUGCUUUAGUCUCAUUAGGUGAACUUUCAAUUUCCCCAUGUUUACCAGAUAAUGGUGUAGGGGAGGCCGAUGACUUGAGAAAUGCAAAGCGUAAAGUUGAUGCUAAUGAGCCUUCCUUUAGUGAUAAAGCUAAGAAACUGAAAUCAUUGUUUGGAACAGAAGGUGAAAUUAUUUCCCGCCGGGAAAAAGGUUUUCCUGGCAUCAUCAUUUCUGCACGCCGUACAGCAAUUUCAAGAACUGAUAUUUUAGAUAUGUUCAUGGAUGAUGAUAACAAUGGCCAAUGUUUUGAUGCGAAUUUUCAAUUAAACACCGGCCAAAGUAGCAAUGAUUCACUUCCUGAUCAUAUGCCAGAACUCUUUAACUCUUGUAACUCUGUACCAGUGGAAGAGAAUCAAGUUGACUCGCCCUGGGAAGCUAUGGCAGGCUAUGCACGACGUUUGAUGUUGGGACCUUCCAAUCAAGAAGUACAAACCAUGUGUGCUGAUGUCUUCAGAGUUGUUUAUGCUGCCAUUCAGAAGGCUGGUGACCAAGGAUUGAGCAUCGAAGAAAUUUCCCAACUUAUAAAAGGGCCAGGAGCAGGGGUAGAUGGACUGAUUGUUGAUGCUCUUCAAGCAUUUGGAAAAGCCUUAAAGGUCAAUGCUUAUGAUUCUGUUCGUGUUGUUGAUGCUUUAUAUCGUCACAAGUACUUUUUGACACCUGUGUCUGGUUUUCGUCAUCGUGUUGUUCAACCUUCCUCAACCAUUGAGAAAAGUGAUGAUACAUGUAAUCUUUCCAAAUCAGAAGAAUGUGAUACUGUUUUUGCUAACCUUUUGGGAGAAAGAAACGCUGGUGUUGAUGAUGUGCACAAAGUGACAAUUCUUAAUCAUCCAUGUGGGGAUGUGGAUCCUGAAAGUCGAGGCUGUAAUGAAAGCUGCACUGAAGACAGACUUGGCACAUCUAGUGUGGAUGGCGAAAACGAAAUGCUUACAUUUUCUACUGGUGAGUUAUGUAUGCCAAUAUUGCCAUGGAUCAAUGGAGAUGGGACCAUCAACAACAUUGUUUACAAGGGUCUGAGACGUCAGGUCCUUGGAAUAGUGAUGCAAAACCCAGGGAUGUUGGAGGAUGACAUUCUACAUCAGAUGUAUUUGUUGAACCCCCAGAGCUGUAGAACUCUUCUGGAAUUGAUGGUUCUGGAGAAACACCUAAUUGUGAGGAAAAUGCAUCAAAACAUAUCUGGCGGGGGACCCUCCAUGCUACAGGGUCUCAUUGGAAGCAAAUCCAGUCAGUCAAAGUUGAUUUCCCGAGAUCAUUUCUUUGCCAAUUCCAUGAGCACUUCCUUGUUGUAGGGAAUCUGUGGUGUGGACAUGUAAAACCAAAAGCUAUCAAUGUGUAUAUAUGCGCGAACUCAUGUAUCGACAAUUUUGGAUAUCGUCUUCAAAGUUUAUAUUUGGGAGAAUUACAUAUUAGACAA